AUGGUGGAAGGAGUUCUUUCCAACCUCGUUGGGAAUGUGUCAAAAGUGCUAGGUUCUUUAGCACUCCAAGAGAUCAAGCUGGCUUGUGGUGUCAAAGAUGAGCUUGACAAGCUAAAGAGCACGGUUUCCACAAUCCAAGCUGUGCUUCUAGAUGCAGAAAACCAGGGUUCUCAUAACAACGAGGUCAAAGACUGGCUCAACAAGCUCAGAGAUGUCUUCCUUGAUGCAGAUGAUGUGCUGGAUGAUUUCUCCACUGAAGCUUUGCAGCACAAAGUGAUGACUGGAAGUAAGAUGACGAAGGAGGUACGCAUUUUCUUUUCAAGUUCAAACCAGCUUGCUUUUAGUCUUAAGAUGGGUCAUAGAAUAAAGGCCAUUAUGGAGAGACUAAAUGCCAUUGCAGAUGAUAGGACGAAAUUCCACUUUAAAGAAAGCCCCAUAGAGUCACAAGUCAUGAAUAAGGAUAGAGAAACUUAUUCUUUUGUAUUGGAAGAAGAUGUGGUUGGGAGAGAGGAUGAUAAGAAAGAAAUUAUAAAACUUCUUUUAGAUACCAACUUUGUAGAAAAUGUGUCAAUUAUUCCAAUACUUGGGAUUGGAGGUUUAGGGAAAACUACCCUAGCUCAACUCAUAUACAAUGAAGAAAAUGUCAAAUAUAAUUUUGAGCUGAAGUUGUGGAUUUGUAUCUCUGAUAACUUUGAUUUAAAACAUAUAGUGAAACAAAUCUUAGAAUCUUUGGGAAGUGGGACGUAUGAAAAAAGCCUUGAGAUUUUGCAAAAUCACCUUCGAGAAAAACUUAAUGGAAAAAAAUACUUUCUUGUCCUAGAUGAUGUGUGGAAUGAGGACAUUGAUAAAUGGCUUCUCUUAAAAAAUUUACUAAUGGGUGGUGCAAGGGGAAGUAGGAUAGUAGUAACUACUCGCUCGAUAAAGGUGGCAGACAUAACAGGCACAACUCCGCCUCAUGAGCUUAAAGGCCUAGAUCCAGAAAAGGCAUGGUCAUUGUUUACAAAAAUGGCAUUUAAAGGAGGCAAAGAGACAGAGAUCGAACCAAGGCAUAAUAGACAUAGGAAAAGAGAUUGUGGGAAAAUGUAUUGGAGUGCCUCUUGCUAUAAGAACAAUAGGAAAUUGUUCCCAAAAGGUUAUAGGAUUGAUGUAGUUUCACUUAUUAAUCUUUGGGCAGCACAAGGCUUUAUUGUGUUAGACUUAGAAGGUCCAAGGCAGUCUUUUGUGGAUAUUGGCAGAAAAUAUUUUAUGGAAUUACUUUGGAGGUCAUUUUUUCAAGAGGUAGAAAAUGAUUAUCUGGGCAAUAUAAAAUCAUGUAAAAUGCAUGAUCUUGCAUGUCUUGUGUCUGGAACGGAAAGUGUCAUAUUAAAUUCAAGUGGGGAAAAUGUUAUUGAAAAUGUCCGUCAUGUAUCAUAUAAUCUUUUGGAUUCAUCAAGCCAAUUUACAAUCCCCAUGCCUAAUGGAAGGAAGUUACACACAGUUCUAGCAUCUAGUGUAUGGGGGAAUAUGGUCAACUUGAAUUGUGACGCAUUCAUUUCAAAUCUUAAGUAUUUACGCACAUUGGAUUUGAGUUAUCUAGGACUACAUGUAGUGCCACAUUCAAUUGGGAAAUUGAAGCAUUUAAGAUACCUUGAUCUUUCUGGAAAUUAUAAUAUUAAAAUUCUCCCUAAUUCCAUUACUAAGAUGCUGAAUUUACAGACACUAAUACUACGAGGUUGUCGUUCGCUUAGAGAAUUACCCAAGGGCAUUAAAAAGUUGGUCAAUCUCCGGUUUCUAGAUAUUACAUAUUGCAGCCAAUUAAUUGAUAUGUUCAGUUUCCUGGGUCUUUCAAAUGACGACCAAUUAACCAGUAUGCCCCUUGAAAUCAGACACCAUACUUAUCUUGUGACAAUACUACCAGGGGUUUUUGUGAGAAAGGAAGGUUCCAAGGGCCAAGUGAAAAAAGGCUAUUGUGGUUCAUAUAAGAAAAAAAAGGCCAAAUCCAAUGGGCCAAGUCAAUUGAAGGAACUACGCAACUUGGGAGGAUAUUUACAAAUUGAAAAUCUGGGACAUGGAAAAGAUGAGGCGCGGGAAUGUAAAGAUGCAAAUUUAAAGGAGAAACAUCACCUUCAACGACUAUUAUUAGAGUGGGAUGCCUCCGAGUGGAAGGGCUUCAGCCACAUCCAAAUCUCAUAG